AUGGGUUGUACUCCUUCGAAAGGAAAAGUUGAAUUUAUUUCGCGAAAGCGUGAGGAAAAUACAAAAGAAGAAAACAAACCAGUAGCUAUUAAAAAUGACUUACAUGCAACUCCUGGAAUGUUUAUUACAUCGAAAAAGGGUCAUUUGUCAGAAAUGUACCAAAGAGUUAAAAAACUAGGCUCUGGGGCAUAUGGAGAAGUUUUACUAUGUAGAGAUAAAGUUACCCAUGUGGAAAGAGCCAUAAAAAUUAUUAGAAAAACUUCAGUUAGCACUUCUUCAAACUCAACGUUAUUAGAAGAAGUCGCAGUAUUAAAAUUACUAGAUCAUCCGAAUAUCAUGAAGUUGUACGACUUUUUUGAAGAUAAAAGAAAUUACUAUAUUGUUAUGGAAUGUUAUAAAGGUGGAGAGUUAUUUGAUGAAAUAAUACAUAGAAUGAAAUUUAAUGAAGUAGAUGCAGCAGUCAUUAUUAGGCAAGUGCUAAGUGGAGUAACUUAUUUACAUAAACAUAACAUAGUUCAUAGAGAUCUAAAGCCAGAAAAUCUUUUAUUAGAGUCGAAGGAUAAGGACGCAAUGAUUAAAAUUGUUGACUUUGGCCUUUCAGCAGUUUUUGAAAACCAGAAAAAAAUGAAAGAACGUCUUGGUACUGCAUAUUAUAUUGCUCCUGAAGUUCUUAGAAAAAAAUAUGAUGAAAAGUGUGACGUUUGGUCGAUAGGUGUAAUUUUGUUUAUUCUGUUAGCAGGUUAUCCUCCAUUCGGAGGACAAACAGAUCAAGAAAUACUCAAAAAAGUUGAAAAGGGCAAAUAUACAUUUGAUUCUCCUGAAUGGAAAAGUGUUUCUGAAGGCGCAAAAGAUUUAAUUAAACAGAUGCUUCAGUAUGAUUCUCAAAGACGAAUCUCCGCUCAGCAAGCACUAGAACACCCAUGGAUUAAAGAAAUGUGCAGUAAAAAAGAAUCUGGUAUUGAACUACCUAGUCUUGCUAAUGCUAUUGAAAAUAUGCGCAGAUUUCAAAAUUCCCAAAAGCUUGCACAAGCAGCUUUACUUUAUAUGGCUUCAAAACUAACAUCCCAAGAAGAAACAAAAGAGCUAACAGAUAUAUUUAGGCAUAUAGACAAAAACGGUGACGGACAACUUGAUCGCCAAGAACUUAUUGAUGGAUACUCAAAAUUGUCUGGGGAAGAAGUAGCAAUAUUUAAUUUACCUCACAUUGAAAAUGAAGUAGAUGCAAUCAUAGGAGCUGCAGACUUCGAUAGGAAUGGUUACAUAGAUUAUUCAGAGUUCGUUACCAUUGCAAUGGAUCGGAAAUCUCUUUUAAGUAAGGACAAACUCGAGUCAGCUUUUCAAAAAUUUGAUCAGGAUGGGAAUGGUAAAAUUAGUAUUGAUGAACUUGCUUCAAUUUUUGGAUUAGAACGCUUAGAAAGCAAAACAUGGAAAGAAAUGAUAUCUGGAAUAGAUUCUAAUAAUGAUGGCGAUGUAGAUUUUGAGGAAUUCUGUAAAAUGAUACAAAAACUUUGUUCCAAUAAUGAGCCCCAGUUCGAAAAAAUUGGUUAA